AACCAAGGGCAAGCCAUGGAGGCCAGCGGGCCGGACGCCGCGAACCCCGGGAUCGACGGGCCCGCCGACCCCUUCAGCUCCGCCGGCCGACUCUCCGUGCACCAGAUCGUCGGCGGCGGGAAAGCUGCCGAUAUCAUCUUGUGGAAGUGCAGACGUGCUACAGUUGGUCUUAUAUUUGGUGCUACCAUUGCAUGGUGGUUGUUCGAGAAGUCUGAGCUGUCAUUCUUGACCAUCUGCUGUGAUGUACUGCUCAUUUUGAUACUCGUACAGUUCCUAUGGGUGAAAAUAUCUGGCUUGCUAAAUAAGCAACCUAGGCCACUGCCUGAAUUAGUUCUAUCAGAGGAGAUGGUUAAUAAUGCUGCGGCAUUAUUCCGUGUUAAAGUCAACAACAUGCUGAUGAUUGCACAUGACAUUACUCUUGGCAAGGACUUCCGGCUCUUUUUCCAGGUUGUGUCUGUCCUUUGGCUGCUAUCUGUUAUUGGCAAUUUCUACUCUUCUGUAACUCUUGCUUACGUAGGAACCAUUGCUUUGGUCACAGUACCUGCACUAUACCAUAGACACCAGGAGAACGUGGAUAGGUAUGCUGGGAUGCUCCACCGGAACUUCUCAAGGCACUACAAGGUAGUUGACGAAAAUGUGAUAAGCAGACUACCAAGAAGCUUUAUCAGAGACAAAGAUGAUUGAUCUUCUCGAACUGUUAACACAUGUUGAGUUUUUUCCUUUCUUUUUUGGUUUACUUUGGCUGUUGUAUUUCUGCAACGUAGGUUGCAUGAAGUAGUAAGUCUAGAUCAGCGAAAGCGAAGCUUGAUGUAGGUAGCCUUCUAAUGUACUCCUGAUGAAUAAGUUCGAAACUGAAAAGAUAUGCAAAAGAUCGCAGCACCUCAUGAAAUAUCGUUAACUCCUCUA